UGCAAACAUGAUUAUUAUGAAAUUCUCAGUUUAUAAUUCACUGCACAGCUUUUUCGUGCUCCGGUCUGGAGUUUCUGUUUUGCAAGCUCCGCCUCACGCGCGCCCCCCCGUCUGACACGUAGGAAUAACAGAGAGAAAGAGAGAUAGAGCGAGAGAGAGAAGGAGAAAGAGAAUAAGGCUGAGAGCUCUAGCUCCAGUACAGCGGCACCCUCGACACAUCAGUGUGCUCGACUCGCUCGCUGUAUUGCGGAGCUCCACCACACACACACACACACACACACACACGAUCCGACUCUGAUCGUCGGCUUUAACAGCGACUCGGAUCUCCGGAGGUCUUUAUAGUGGUGAGAGUCGCCUGUCAAAAGCGACUCGUUUUUUCUUUCAUAUUCCCAGCUGUCUUGAAUGUCACACUGAAAAAUGGCGAUCUGCGCUCAGUCCUCAAGUCUUUUCUGGCUCUUCAUGGUGCAAACGGUGUUGAUCCUGUGUGUGUCCUGGCCCGGAACGGCGACGCUUCGCUUCCCGCAGCACUACACGAUGAUCCACUGGGCAGGCCGUAUAGAGAAGGAAUUGAAUAAGGUUCUACCACAGGUCACUGGAGUUCACCAGAUGAAAUCAAUUUACAACGAGAAGAAGAGUCAGUUUGAGGUGAAGAGGAACUCCCCCAAGGACCUGGUGGACAGAGUGGCUAAAGACAUCGCCAAGCUGCUCACCGGCAAACGCAAAGCGCUCGAGAGGCUGGCCAAAGAGGCGGAGCAGAUCCAGACGUUGCACCCCUGGCGGGACAACAUUACAGCGAGCGCAAUAGAGUACUACGACUCCAAGGCCGAGUUUGAAUAUUCUGAAGACAAUACUGAAGGAAGCCCUUCGGAUAACUUGAAGUCCAUUUCACUGGAGUUUGUGGACGACCCCAAUUUCAAAAACAAAGUCAACUACUCCUACACUGCCGUGCAGAUCCCAACUGAUAUCUACAAGGGCUCUCCCACUAUUCUGAAUGAGCUGAACUGGACACAGGCGCUGGAGCGGGUUUUUAUAGAUAACAGCAGAGAGGACCCGUCACUGCGCUGGCAGGUGUUUGGAAGUGCCACCGGUGUUACUAGAUACUACCCAGCGACUCCAUGGAAAGCACCUAACAAGAUCGACCUGUAUGAUGUGAGGAGACGGCCUUGGUACAUUCAGGGUGCCUCUUCUCCUAAAGAUAUGGUCAUCAUUGUGGAUGUGAGCGGCAGCGUUAGCGGACUCACUUUAAAGCUGAUGAAGACCUCUGUGAUUGAGAUGCUGGACACACUGUCUGACGAUGAUUAUGUAAAUGUAGCACAGUUUAAUGAAAAGGCAGACGCUGUUGUCCCGUGCUUUAAGACGCUGGUCCAAGCUAACGUGCGAAACAAAAAGAUCUUCAAAGAGAAGGUGAUGAACAUGCACGCGAAGGGGACGACCGACUACAAAUCCGGCUUUCAGUUUGCCUUUGAGCAGCUGCUAAAUGAGACCAGCGCUCCAAGGGCAAACUGCAAUAAGAUGAUAAUGAUGUUCACAGAUGGAGGAGAGGAUCGAGCUCAAGAGGUCUUCGAGAAGUACAACUGGCCCAAUAAAACAGUUCGAGUUUUUACCUUCUCCGUGGGGCAGCACAACUACGAUGUUACUCCACUGCAAUGGAUUGCAUGCGCCAACAAAGGAUACUACUUUGAGAUCCCAUCUAUCGGAGCAAUCAGAAUCAACACACAGGAGUAUCUAGAUGUCCUGGGAAGGCCCAUGGUGUUAGCAGGCAACCGUGCAAAGCAAGUUCAGUGGACCAAUGUGUACCAGGAUGCUCUGGGCUUGGGUUUGGUCAUUACUGGUACAAUGCCGGUCUUCAAUCUUACUACUGAUGGGGCCUCCAAGAAUCAGCUUAUUCUAGGAGUCAUGGGUGUAGAUGUUGCACUUAGUGAAAUUAAGCAGCUCACACCGCGGUAUAAACUUGGAGCCAAUGGUUACACUUUUGCCAUAGACCCCAAUGGCUAUGUUCUGUUGCACCCUAACUUACAACCUAAGAUCAUUAAUUUUAGAGAACCGGUUACACUCGACUUCCUGGAUGCAGAGCUGCCAGACAACAACAAGGAGGAGAUCCGCCGCCAGAUGAUCGACGGCAAGCCGGGUCAGAGGAAAAUCAAGACGCUAGUUAAGUCUGUUGACAAGCGUUAUAUUGACCAGGUAACAAGGACUUAUAUAUGGACACCAGUAGAUGGCACAGACUACAGCCUGGGUUUGGUGCUGCCCACAUACAGCGAGAACCACAUCAGGGCCAACCUCAGCGAUCAGAUCCUGCAAGUCCAGUUAAAAGACACCACGGAUUUUGAAUCUCUGCUGCCACACACUUUUGAGUCAGAGGGACAUGUGUUGAUAGCCCCAAGGGAAUACUGCAAGGAGCUGGAGCUUACUGGCAACAACACAGAGUUCCUGCACAACUUCAUCGCUCUGAUGGAGAAAGUCACGCCAGACUCUAAAAAAUGUGACAACUUCCUUCUGCAUAACCUGAUCCUGGACACGGGCAUUAUCAGGCAGCUGGUGGAGAAAGUGUGGAAAACAAAGGACCUCAACACGUAUGGAUUUUUGGCCGUCUUUGCAGCUACAGAUGGAGGAAUCACUCGUAUUUUUCCCAAUAAAGCCGCUGAGACAUGGGACGAGGAUCCAGAGCCAUUUAAUGCCAGUUACUACCGCCGCAGUCUGGACAACAAGGGCUAUAUCUUUAGAGCACCCUAUCGUAGUCAAAAUGCAAUCUUUCAGGAUCAAGAGAAUGACACAAUUGGCAUCCUGGUCAGUACAGCAGUGGAAAUUACGGUGGGGUCCAAAAACAUCAAGCCAGCCGUUGUGGGUGUAAAGUUGGACCUUGAAGCUUGGACAUCAAAGUUUAAAAUCCUUGCCAGCAACCAAACUGAUGAUACUCGCCAGGGUUCUCAAAUGUGUGGACCAACCAGUGGCUGUGAGAUGGACUGUGAGGCCCAUGAGGACUUGCUGUGUUACCUGAUUGAUGAUGGUGGCUUCCUCAUUAUGUCCAAUCAAAUUCAAGACUGGAACAAGAUCGGCAUGUUCUUCACUGAGGUGGACCCAGCUCUGAUGCAUGUGCUCUACAACAACUCCUUCUACAAUUACAAAGAGUCUUAUGACUACCAGUCUGUGUGUGGACCUGUGCCUAACAGCAACACAGGAGCAGCACCUAGAGGAGUGUUUGUGCCCACCAUUGCGGACCUGGUAAACGUUGCCUGGUGGACCUCAGCAGCUGCAUGGUCUCUGUUUCAGCAGUUACUUUAUGGGUUUGCCUACCAUAACUGGUUCAUUACAGAUGAAGUUGAUGCAGGAGAGAGCAUGGACCCCAGAGAGACUAGCUGUGUCACAAUACAGAAGCAGUUCUACUUUGGGAAUAUCAGCAGUGCCUACAGCAUAGUGCAAGAUUGUGAGAACUGCUCCAGGUUGAUCCAUGCCAAGAGAUUAAACAACACCAACUUGCUGUUUGUGGUGGCUGAGAAGCUGCCCUGCAACACAUGUGACAUAGAGAAACUGUCUCAGGCUGAGAGAGAACUAAAACCAGAAGAUCCAUGUCUGGACCUGCCACCACCUCGGUAUAGAAAAGGGCCCUCUACUUGUUUCGAUUACAACCUUGCAGAGAACACUACAGAUUGUGGGCGAGGAUUCUCCUUCCGCCCUUCCAUCCACACUUUAAUCCUCCUCCAGCUCCUCGUCCUCUCUCUCAUGGCCUGCCCCCAUGUCUUGCCUUUUUCCCUUUAACUCCCUUCACUGCCCAUCUUUCUCUCCUCGCCCCAAUUUCACAUUUCGCCUCUUUCCUUCCCUUGCUCUAGUCAUAGGUAUUAAAGGGACUUCCUGUUGCUGCCCCACCCCCCAUAUGGAAGCCCACCGUAUUGCAUCAUCUACUUUGCUUCACAGGUUGCUGCAUAGUGACCGGCGCAGAACUUGUCGAUCGGCAGCUUUUCCUUGAGGAGCACGAAGAUUUCCUAAAGGGGGAAGCAGCUGCAGAAGUCUAAAUGUUGACACGCAAUCAUUUAAACAUUAUUAUAAAAGCCACGGCAGGAAAAAAAAACAAAACAUCCAUUUAGAAACAACUAAUGAAACCGAAGUAGAGUUGAAGAAAAUGGAAUACUGCCCCAUAUCCCUUCCCCCCACCCCCUUUCCAACCUGCCUUUAUAGAUGUGUGUAGGAAAUGCAUUUCCACAGACGUUCUUCUUUACAGUUUAAGCCAUCCGCCUCACUCUCCUCAUCAUCCUUCGACUCGAAUUUUCUGCCAUUUUCUAGCAAUCGAUAACAAGAUCACAGAACUCGGUUCAAUUAACAAAAAAAAUGACAAAAAGUAAGAACCUGUGAGUAUUUAAAGAAUACCUCCGUAAGUUAGGAUAUAACGAGAACGGAAAGAUGAUAGAUGUAACCUAUUCAAAAAAAAUUAUAAUACUAUCAUUUAUGAUUUGUUUAUAUAUGCACUAGAUCUAAUACUUGCCAAAAUGAAUUGUGGUGUGGUCUUAUUUUUCUAGCCAAAUUAGGUGGAGGAGAAAAAAAAGGGGAGGAGGAUACAAGUUGUCAUGUAGGCCUGGAUUUUAGUUAAUUAAUUUUUAUUUUUUUGGCUGUUCUUUCAUUAGUCAUAAGGGCUUUAGUACGCAUAUCAUUCUAUUUGUCUGAUACAUACACAAAAGAAUGACGAUUUACGGUUUCAACCAAACGUGGGACUUUCAAGUGCCGUAGUAAAAAAAAAAAAAUAAUAAUAAUCCAGCGUUUGGACCCGAAUUGGAAUUGCAGCUCGAACCCUGCCAUCAUUAAUGUGCGUUCUGUUUACUAGUGUGUUUACAGGGUAGCCAUUUUUACAACCGAUGUUUUAGUCAACGGGACGACCUGGCUAACGGUCUGUUAUUGACUACAACAAUAUUUGUUUAUCAGAAUCCAUCUCAUCAUUUACAGCGCACAUCAAUAUGGAUCGAAGACACAUCAGUUUUUAAUCAUUGUGUAUUGAAAUCAUAAACAUGUAGAAAUCUCUGGUGAGGGUCCAUUCAUUUCCUCCUUUUUUUUUUUUUUUAAAUCUAUCGCUCUCUCUCUCUCUCUCUCUCUGUUGUGCCUUGAUGCACUUCUGUAUCUUUACAGAGUAGAUGCUCCACUUUAUAAAGGUAUCACUACAUGCUGGCCUUUAGACUGAUUAUUGACUGUACUGCUACAGUAUGUACAACAUGUAGUUCACCUCACACAGAGACCUCACUGACUUAUAAGCAAAUGUUGUUGGUUUUUUAUUAUUAUUAUUAUUAUUAUUAUUAGGAGUAUGUUAUUUGCCACAGCUUUCUGAAUAAACCCUGCAGUCAUGCUGAGGAGAUCCUGCCAGUGCAGGCGUUCACUUUCACCCUCAAAAUCUUUAAAGGUAUCUUAUAUAGAAAAUGACAAAUUUGUACAUUCUAGGACAAGAAAAAACGCUUUCUCUAAAUCAUGCUCUGGUUUUUAUUUCUUUAGAAUUAUUAUUAUUUUUUUUAAAUAGAGGGGCGAGCCAGCAUUAUUCUAGAGAACAUCAACUAACCUGAUCACUGAUUAAUACACUGUGGAGUCCAUUCUAUAAGUGACUGUUUAGGAUUUAAGUGUUGAGUAUUUUUUUUCUUUCCUCCUGAUUUUUCUUUCUUACUUUUUUAUUUUUAAGAUACGAGUAUUCUGUAGACUGUAUGUAGGGUGGAAGAAUCGGUGACCCUUCAGAGGUCAUACAGCUCUUUGCGUACGUGUAUGCGUGUGUCUGGACCCGUGUACGUGUCGUCUGCUUGCGAUGCAGCAAAUUAUGAUGUGUUUGAACAGGUGUCGGAAUGAAAAAAAAAACAGUGAUUUGAUUAUUAAAGCGUCCGAAGUUUGUUGCCAGCAAAAAAAAAAAAGAAAAAGUAAUCUGUCCCAUUUUCCACGUGUCUGUGUCUAAGUCUGUUCACGAAGCUUUUUGUCUUUCAGAUUUCAAACUGCUCAUAUAGGCUGCUUUCUUUCCGCCUGUUUGUCCUUUUAAUCCGUUGUUCUGCGUCAACAGCAGCUGAAGAAAGUGCGUGCUUGUCUACAAGCAUACGCAUAAACUACCCUACCUGUGACUAAGUUCACAGUGUGUAAUAAGCGAUGUAAUUAACUAUUACAUAAACAGCAUAAACUCAUAGAACUAACUUUUUUUUUUCUUUACUUUUUUUUUAAUACCUGGAUUGGUUCAUCUUUGGAAUAUAUCAGCCUUCCAUCACCAUCAGUGCUAAUCAAUUACAGCUCCAUGAGGAGCGUUUGGUGUAAAGAGGAAUUAUUAAUCCGCAUAUUAUCAUUAAGGAGUGCGUAUAAAUACAUAACACUUAACAGCUGUGUGUCCUUUUACUAUCCAUAUACUAUCAAAACAGAUCGUGAGUAGAUGCACAGCACUCGCUCCUCUCACUAAAACAAUCCCACUCACUUGCAUACAUGAGCACACGCGCAGGUACGUUAACACAUAAUAAUCUGAAAAGUAUAGAAGAGUUAAUGCCUUAUGCUUUGUCCUGUUGUGAAUCACAUCCGACCUUUGCCUCUUUUGAUUCGUUCGACAAAAACUCAAAAAGAAAAAAAAAAUCACUUGUCCUAAUGUUAAAAAAAGAAAAAAAAAAAAGUCAAAGCUGCCUAAGAGAACUAAGAAAUUUUGGCUAGACACUAAAAUUUUACUGUGAGUGUGCAUCUGUGUCACUAUACCACAUACACUGGAGCAGAGGUUUGUGUUAUUCGGUGGUUUAAAAAAAAUUUUGCCAAAAAAAAAAGUGUUUAAAAAAAAAAAAAAAAAAAGAAGAUAAAAGAGGAGGAAAUCUGGAUGGGGAGAUGUCUGACCCAUGAUCCACCCUGAAUGGGUCUUUUUUUUUUUUUUUUUAAUCAGGGCUUCUCCCUCAGCUUUCUCCUCUCCUUUAAAGACAGCGGAGUAGGUGUGCUUCAGUGGGAGAGCCACGUGUGUAUGUGACUCUGUAGUCCUUAGUCUGGUGCUCUGUGACAAAUGUGUGAAAAAAAAAUGCUAACAAAUAAAUAAGCAAAAAAAAAAGAAAUCCGUCAAAGGUGAAACCGAAUUUAAGUAAGGUUUAAAAAAAAAAAAAUAAUGAAUAAAAUAUAGGAACACAGUACUGCUGAUAAUCAUUAAUUUGAGGUCUGCCAUCACAGUGGGAGUUUCUUUAGUUUGUUUGUUGGAUUGUGUGUGUAUGGAACACAACUGGCUCUUUGGACAGUGGUCUAUGUUGCUCCAUUCUUUUGUACAGAAGACAAAAAAAAAAGAUAAGGGAAACAUUUGUAAAAUAUUGUCUGUGACUCCUUGUAAAAUAUUUUCAAAUUGUUUAUUACAGAGAAUCAGUUAUUAAAUAAUGUUCAUAUUUUUCACUUCA